AUACGGUGCAUCUGAUCCUCCGAGCUGGACGUCUGAAGCGAUGAUCACAAACAUGAUUGUGUUGCUGUGUUUGUCUGCGCUGUUUCCCGUCUUGAUGAGCACUGAUGAGGUCAAAUCAGAUUCUCUUCUUGCCAGAGACUGCUCUGAUAUUUAUGCGAGUGAAUAUAGUACCAGCGGCGUGUACACCAUCACCUCAGCAGAUGGAGCAGUGCAGGUCUACUGUGAUGUGGAGUCCGGCGAAAAAACUGACAGGGGACACUGGACGGUGUUUCUCAGGCGAAUGGACGGCGAGGUGAAUUUCUUCAGGCCAUGGGAGAGUUAUAAGAAGGGUUUCGGUAAUAAAACAGGCGAAUACUGGCUGGGAUUAGAGUUUCUUCAUCAGCUGACGCGCAGGCAUCAGUAUAAACUCAGAGUAGAUUUGGAGGACUUUGAAGGAAAGAAGGUUUACGCUCUGUACGAGUCUUUCUCUGUGGACUCUGAGGCUGAUGGGUACAAACUGCACGUGAGCGGCUUUGUAAAUGGAGGAGCAGGUGACUCUUUAUAUUAUCACAAUGGGAUGAUGUUCUCCACCUAUGACAAAGACCAAGAUAAUUCAGGAAGCAAUUGUGCUAUGAUAUACUUUGGAGGAGGGUUUUGGUACAACAAAUGUUAUUACACAAACCCCACUGGUCACUAUUUGUGGGAGAAUGAUGAUACAUUAAUGGAUACUGGAGCCACCUGGUAUUACUGGAAGAAUAGCUGGGAUCCUCUGAAGACCAUCACCAUGAAGAUCAAACGUGUGAAGUAGAGCAGAGCUUAUAAACGCUUCACUGCAGCUUUUGCGCACAUCCACAACUUCAUGCAUACAUGUGGAACUUUCUUAAAAUAUGGUGACAAACAAGUCCCUUGGCUUUUUAUGAUGAAAAAUGUUUCAAAACGUGAAGAAACCUCAAAUAUGAAAUAGUUUCACUCAUAUCGUCUUGAAUGAAAAUAUAUUAAAAAAGAAUUUGACAGGUUCCUGAAAAAUCCCUGGCCCUCUUAAAUAAAAAUGUGUUGAAAUUGGGCUCAUGACUUGAAGCAUUUGCUUUUUUUUGCGACAGCAAAACCUCUGUG